AUGGCCAUCAAGCCUGUGUUUCUGCCAGUGUAUGAUGCUCAGCAGAAAGGAGGCUCUGGACAGGACGAUGCCAAGGACCCUUCCCGCCUGAAGUCUGUUGAGGAACUCGACGUCAGAUCCAUGCUGCCCACCACGCCAUGUCCAGAUCUUGGGGAAGUUGCCCGGAUUCUGAGGCUCGAGAAGUAUCAGAGGCGACGUUGUCGACAGCUCCAAGGUGAACUCCGGCGUCUGCAGAUUGCCACUGCCCGGACAGCUCGACUGGUACAAGCGACGGAUCUCACUUUACAGACGCUAGCAGAAUGCGUGAGAUGCGAAGACAAAUCAAGUUUCACAAAUCUGUUCGAUGCUUUCCAGAAUGCUAUUGACAGAGCAGGCGACCGCCCGCAAGAUUUCCUGGACGAUUUACCGCCUGAACCCACGUUUCUGGACCAGCUGCCAAAGACGUCCCAGGACAUGCUUAUCGACGUCAUUCAAGAGGUUCGGAGUAAUGGCGACUUCCUCGCAGAUCAACUGGCUUCCUUAAGCCAGAAGGAAAUACUAGCUCUACUACCUGGCCGAGGUCUUGCCAAAUCCACAGGAUCUGUUUUUGAAUCUUCCGCCUCAUCAUGGAUUCGUGCCUCAAGGCAGAUUGGUUUCGCAGUCGAUUCACAGAUAGAUUCACUUGCUACUCAGUGCUAUGGAAGUCCUCUGGAGACUCUCAUAUACAGUUCUCGUGGGUUCUUCGGAUCAUCCUUCUUGAUCGAAAGCCAGUCCUUGGAUGUCUGGUCCACUGUUUCGGCACGCCUGUUAUUAGAGAAAAGACCCGGUAGUGACAGCCUUGUCUUGGCUGUGCUCGAUACAUGGGCUGCUGGCGGACCGUGGACAGGACAAGCCAAGCUAGAACUCUGGUUGCUUCAAACUUUACAGGCCGGCGCGUUUCUGCUAGAUCAACCGAGCAAGCAGUCUUUCCAAGUACGCAUGCAACCAAGGUCAGGAGUACCUCACGAAGACGAGGUUCGCGCCGAGGCCUUCUACGCUCAUACCGUUCUUCGCUUGCUCGAGAUAGUUUCCGAGGACUUAGAUGACUUGCUGAUUCCAAAGCCGGCUCUCGCGAUGAUCCAUGCCAUCAAGGGGAAGAUGCCUGCAACGGGAACACACCACCAUGACCUUGCCUGUUUCAUUAUCUCACGCUGGCUAUUAUCGUCAUACUUGUCAGAGGCGAUUGUUCUACCUGAGGCUCGCGGCAUGCUCAGAGACCACUACAUAUCCAAUGUCACGCGCUUUCGCAUCCUACGCGAGAUCGCCACUCGGGCGAAGAAUACUGUGCUUGAGAUCGUUCAACCCUGGAAACAUUGCUAUGGAGCCAGCCCAGACCCUGCAGCUACCCUGAUAGUCAAAGCUCUUAUCGAUCGCUUACAAAACUCGUGCGAGUAUCACCCAAUGCCAGCGCAGGGACCGCGAGUGGACUCGUUUCUAGCCUUGACCGCUAACGAUUGUACCACGAUGCUGCAUGCGCUCUAUCCUAGGCAUAGGCCAUCCUCAAUAUCCUCGACAUUGAUGCGAUCUUCGGCAUCGUCUGUAUCCGGGUUGUCCUUGUUUCAGGCGCCUGCUCUUUCCGCUGGAGCCAUGGAUGCUGAGUGCCUGGACAUGACUUCGUUCGUAUCACCCAUCAACACCGGCGUCUUUAGCACGAGUUCCAUGUCCAGCGGCUCAGACCCAUUGACCACGCCACUGCAAGCCGAUCGUCUUGUGCAUCUCGACCCAGAAACAAUCUGGAACAUUUGCGCUCAGAUCGAUGACUGCGAGUCAAGGACUACACAGGACAGCCAGAGGUGGGCUAUCUUGGCCAUGACUCCAGAGCAACCACAAACAGUGCUUAGUUGGAAUUUGACGCCACUUGCUGGGUGGGAUGAUGCUUCAAGCCAGGAUCCAGCCCUUGAGGACACGGAUCGUACACUUUCCACGUUGCUAGAUGAUGCAUUCUCACGAGGCCACAGUGUGCCGGAGCUGGAUGGGCGUAACUCACAGGAAUACCACAUAGCAGUCUUUGUAUAUCUUGAACGGAUACUGGAGAAUGCAUACAAGGCUGCGUACGAUGUAGCGGACUUCCUCACUGCUCAAUACAAGCUGCAAGAGCUUUACAGUUUUCGAUAUCUAUAUGCUAGCGACUCGAAUCUCGGCCUGCUCGGUAUGAAGCUCAGUGACCUGAUGGACAAUGCAAGUAUGCGGCUGGACGAGCAUGGUGCUGCUGCGCAAUCGCGCGAUAGAUGGAUGCGCCUUGUCAGGUCCAGCUUGGACUCUUUCAAUGCAAAGCUGCAGGUAGGUGGCCGACAGGCAGAUGCGCUACGCGUCCAGAUGUGGUUUGUGGCAGACGUCAGGACUUCUGGGCCAUACGACGAAGCGAAGGCCAUCGCUUCAGCACUGCGUAUCAUGGGCAAAGCUCGAAAGUUGGCCCCUGCGCGAGACGUGCCGACCCUACGACAUCCGGGAGUACUGAAGCCUUCCGCAACAUCGCAGCUCAAAAUGGAGUCCCAAAUCCUGGAACUUCUGAGUGCUCCGCCAGAGCAAGGUGGCCCGAACAAGCUGAGCGAUGACAUGGCACGUGGUACUUUAGCCUGGAUGAAGGCCAACAACAUUGAGAACUUGUGUCGUGGUGAGGAACGGCUACACAAGUUCUGCAUGGACUUGCGCAAGUGUGUAGACCAGAUCACUGCUGGCGACGGAACCUUCUUGGCAUCUAAUCCGCUCUUCGCGCGUGAGUCCUAUAUGCUAGGUCCAGGCACAAACCUGACUCCGAGGCUACAGCACACAAGCAGUCGCUACGAGAAACUUACUCUGCGUACCAACGUCACUCCAAGCAUAGGCACUAUGUCCGGCUCGUCGAACUACUUAUCGAGCGUCAGUUCACGGGAGUGGCUGGAUUCACAGAGUCCGACAUUGACUCACAGAUCCUCAGCACCAUUCUGGUCCCCAGCCAUGACCGAGGCACAGUCGGCGACCACUGCUACUAGUUUUGGCUCUCCUCGCACCUAUUUAGCGCAAUCUUCACCGAGGAUGCAAAUGCCCAGAGCAGGUGCUGGGAAAGGCAUGAUCAAAGCGCUCCGCCAAAGCCUGGUCGGCCUCUUGCUGAGCGAUCUUGGUUCCGACCUUUUCCAUGAUGGCAGCGAGACGGAUCAAGCUAUGUGGACCGGUAUUGGUGGCGAGCUUGCGAAGAAGCAUGUAGAACAGAGCCGAGGUGCCUUCAUUGCUGAAGAUCAUCUGGCAGAUCCCACAGAAUCUAGACCAAUGCCUCGAUUCGACUACGAGAACACAUUUCGUCAUAUGCUGCACGACUUCGCAGCAAGCAAUAAUCCAUCCAGGAAGCUUGCUGUACUGCAUACUGUGAAUGAGCUGCUUCCAGGGUAUAUGGCUGGAAUUGGUACAGCUGCAAUACACUCUAUGAUUCCCGGGGUCAAGAAGCUCCAUGACCCUCGCUUGGCCGGUCCCAACGAUGACAAGAGGAUAGAGGGGUUCCGACAAUUGUUCCGUGGCGCGGAGCUGAGGCCAGCUGCCAUUUUCCGAGAUCUCCAGUAUAUCGCAUCACUGGUGCCUGAUGUGACCGUUGAGAGCUCGCCAGCAGGGAAAGCAUUCUGCAAUGCUUUCGUCGCUGCCUCCAGCCUCAAACAAGAUAUACUGCGGGUCAUGGUCGAAACGGCUGAUAGCAUCAUUGCACACAACUCCAACAAUCGUGGCCAUGGCCAAGGAGAUUCGAUCAAGCAACAGCAGAGAGACUCUGCGACCUUCAGCGUGCCCAGCCGUACCUCUUCUGCGGAAGAAGUGGCCCGAUAUGGCAUGGCCGGUGCUGCACACCUGCUGCUGGUCACAGCCAAGGAAGGUGAUGCGGUGGCACAACGAGAACUGGCAACGCUAUACCUGACACAUCCGGAACUGCUCGACCACACCCUCGCUCCAUUCACCAGACCACGAGAUGUGUUCAGGCAAGAGCUCGAGAGUAAGUGGAAGAAGAAUGAGGAUCCAAGUCGAUGUGACCCGGCUACUAUGUGUGUGGCACAUCAUUGGAUGAGCAUGAGUGCCGAGGGUGGCGAUCUUUUGGCCGCUGAGUACUUGAGGCAACGAGAAGAGAUGGAGAGGCUGCCUUAA